CCAGUAGCAGGAGUUUUUCGCCAGCAUUGAAGUGAUUCGGGCGCACUGCGCGAGCUUUAGCUGCUACGAUGGCAUCGCAGUUCAGGAUACAAAAGCCAUAUGAGCUUACUUCAUUGCCUAAAACCCUAGACCAAAGUGAAGACACCUACGUGAUUGGCGAUGUCUUCGGUCAGUCCUCUGGUGUGAGCUCCAAAAAGCGAAAGCGGUCAGAGCUUGCUGUUGGGAUCAAUGGCGAGGCAUUGAAUCUGUAUAAUGUUGCGUCAUCCCGAUUGAUUACUUCUUAUCCAGUCCCACCAUCGGCUUCUUUCACCUGCCCGCCAGUUUCUCUGAGGCUGAAGAACUCAGACGAUGGCAUCACGAGAUAUACCUAUUCGUCAACCCUAGAACCGAGACCAAAGGUCUCACUUUACCGAGAUGUGCUGGGUGCUUCUGGCGUCAAUGCAUCAACGACUGUCUCGCAGCCUCUUCCUCGAUCGCAACGGGCGAUGUACCUGGCUGUGACACAGUCCACCAGCACAGCCGCCUACUCGGAUCUCCUGGCUGUGACCCGCACAGGAGAUGUCUUGUGCCUUGAUGGAGAAUCACUCAAGCAAAAGUGGCAAACCUCCGCCGGGAUUCUCAAGCAGGACACGGCGCUUCCUGCAUCCGCCAACUUCCGGAUCGACUUUGCGCAAGCUGCCAGCGCGGCAGACAUCGUCCAAGGUGUUUUUGGAGGCGACCAGGAGCAGCUAGGACUCUUCUUGCCGAAAGCCAAAGAUCAAACGAUUAACGCCGACAUUCUGGUGCUCCUCUCAAGUGCGGAAGUCGACGGCAAAGAAUUAAGGCAUAUCCACAUUGUAGCCACUACACAAGCUGCUGGUGGAAGUACAACAAGCGGGCAGGGACUUGCCCAACUCCGUGUUCUGCCCUUUCCUCCGCGGCCUUCAGCCGAACAUGGCAUCUCAACCUACCGCCUGGACGCUGCCUCGGGCUCUCUAAUGGAACUUUUUGUCGAUACUAUCACCGCAUAUGAUAUAUCGUCCGCAGUCCCCCGAGUCGACAGCAAGCUCCACGUGUCCAAGGCGGCCUCAUUUCUUCGACUGUCCAAGACAUCUGUCUUAGCCGCAACCUCGUCGGAACUGGCUGUGUACAACCCAUUGUACCGAUCUUUGCAGGCGACCCUCCCGCUUGAGACUUCGGAAAAGCAUGAAUCGACACUGAAACUUGUUGCAUACUUUGCUCGAUUGGAAAUGGCAGUUGCUGUGCGCGGAGACUCUUUGGUAGCCGUGCAGCUUGAAGCUCCAAAGGGCAGGAGCAAGAAACGGAGAGCCGAAGGACUUCUGAUUGAUUCAAUCGGCCGGGGUGUUACUGCGCCAAUCACCAAGACCAGCAAGCGAGGCGGCAACUUUGACCCUUUGAGCUUCUCAACACAAACUCCUCCGUCCCUAGAGAGCAUCUACGGACUCGGGACUUGGAUUGAUGACGCCAAAUUGGCUGAGGAAAACAUCAAGGCUGGUGAUUAUGCCGAGUUCGAGAAGUUUAUGGCCUUCUCUUUUCAAGUUCACUGCGAUGACGGUUUGGAACAUGAUGGGGCUCAGGAAGGAGACACGGCCAUGGAAGUGGACGAGACAUCCUCAAGCAGCGCUACUACAGCCGAAGCCGGUCCCCGGAGAUCUACAAGAGGCGAUGGACGGGUUUGUUGGGUCUUCAAGGACCGAGAACUACCACAGUGGCGUUUCCCACAACAACUAGAUCCGGUUGAUAGGCGCAUGGUCAUAUACGCCAUCCAAAGGGCAUUCAACGUCACGAGUGUCGCUGCGUCUACUUUGCUUGGGUGGCAGCUGCGGUGCCGUCUUCCCUGGAGUGGGACAAUACAGUACUUGGCACUAGCUGGUCACCUUACCACUGCAAACCUGCAGACAGCGCUCGAAAUAGACAACACAGAUCUCAGCGGUUCAGAAGACAUACUGGCUGAACAGCUACCCCAGGUACUCGCCGAGAUCGACCCGACACUGGAUCUGUUGCUCGUCUGGUUAGCGGCUACCAAGCUGGGCCCUGUAGAGAUUCUAUCUACCGUUAAGAUUAUCAUGCGCAGCCUGGAGCUUAUUCAAGACCCACAGCAAAUGACCAGGAAUUUGCUGACCGGUUCAGCCACAAACGGCACUGAAAACGGCACCCAAGAGAAUGGCCAGAUUGGUAUGGAGCUUGACUUGCUUGAGGAGGAGCUUCACCUGACAGAGCAUUAUCUGGGAGACGACUCGAGCACCCGUGCGGAGGGCCUUAGCAUCGCAUUUGGCAAGCUGGGUACCUGUCCCUCUGUGGCCAACGUGCGUGCAAUCCGCCAAAUCUUCAAGCCAGAGGAGACUCUUUCACUGAUCUACCUCCUCCGUAUGGAGCUGAACAGGGAUGGGUGGACCAGCCGGUACUUGGAUGGAGCUAGGCUGAAGGAAGAGGAUGAUUUGGACGCUGUCCCGGACAGCAGCAUACGACUGAUUGCCGAUCUGCUCUGCCAAUGCAUCGACUCCGUGGGACCCGGUGGUUGGCUCAUAAAUGACAUGUUAUCGCUAGCAGCUGGGUCGGAUGAUCAGCCGGAUUCAGCCGACUUUCUCAACUCGAUGAAACUUGAAGUCAGUGCCGCGCUCGAGGGUGUCGAGGAGGCUGUCUACCUGCGGGGUGUGCUGGCAGAGGUUGUCAAGUAUGGCGCGUCCCUAUCUAAGGGUAUUACUCCUGGCGGUCAGGCAGCAGCCAAUGGACCUGUCGAGGGAAACACAAACACCACCACGGCAAUGCUUCCCUUGGGUUCAAAGGCCACAAGGAACACGGUAUCCAAAAAGAAGGUGGUUUCGGGCGGAGAGGUCAAGACGAGAACUGCAAGGGAGGUUGGGCAUUUGACCAGCAAAAAGGUUGCCGAUUACACCUUUGAGAGGAUCUUGGUUUAAGUCGUCAUAUGCCAAGAAGUUUCAGCAUGUAGCAAAUCCAAAAUUUCAACUACUUGGUGACAGCUCUAGAUCCUUCAGAGUUGGGUAUCCUGGUACUGUUUUGCUCUGCAGGAAAUGCCUGAACGGCGCGUUCCGACUAUCACGACAUUGGCCUCACGACGAUCAAAUCUUCCUGGUUGAUUGACAGUGAUAAGCCACCACUAGACUACCUAGACACCUGGAUGCAACCUGGAGUAUACUACUCUGUAGACUAUUCAUUAUUAAUUCACAUUGCUGAUUGCCUGGCACACAACAUGCAGCCUUCCAGAGGCAAUGUGUCCAAGUGCUAUUCGUCCUGACCAGCCGCAGGUGCACUGCAACCAAACCCCCGCAUACACUUCCAUCAUGGGAGUAUUUACACUAAACACCCAGAAGCAACUCAAACUUGCAUAUUCAGGUAGCGCAAGACCAACGCUCAAGUCUGCAUUCUACUGCCCGGAGCCGCAAUCUGAUGCAAGAUUGUCCAGUGAUGAGCCCAGAAAAGGGCACCAGCUGAAGCUAUGGGGAGGCUAUGCAGUCGAGAUCAGACUAGUCACAAGAAAUCGGGCAACUUGAUUCGCUGCGUGGUUUUUUUUUUCAGCUUGGCGAUCGGAAGGGAGACGCCUUUACCGCAAUUUUCCGUGACUGCCUGGGGUUAUAUACAGGAGGAUGCACCCGAAAAAAGAGAAAGGACAAAAGAAAAUUCGGCAAAACUAGGAGCCGUGAAGAGUCAGAGAGCCCAUCUGAAGGGCGGCGCAUGGUCCGGCAGCGUUGGUCGGGCUGGCUGAGUGCAUG